AGAUGAUCCCACACAAACACAUUCCAUGCAUCAUCCAAUCUCCCUCUUUAUUCUCUCUCCUCUCUCUAGAGGACAAUCAGACACAAUCUGUGAUGGGAAGUCGGUUCUGUCCUUAUAUAUACCCAGUAAAUCCUCUCUCUCUCACACACAAAUACUCAUCUCUCUAGUUUCUCAAUUUCUCACCAUCACUGAGAUGUUCUCUUCUUCACUAAGUCUUUGAGAGAAACAGAGAAAGAACCAAACCUUUUAAGCCAUGUCUCUUCAAUUUUAUGCUCUUAACACUAUCCCAAGUACCAACUUUCUCAGUACUAAAACAACAAUAUCUCCUCCUUCUAUUUCAGCUCUCUCUUCUUAUUUCCUUAAGAUCUCAGGAUCUCCUCUCGGUGUCGCUAGAGACAAGCCAAGAAGCUGCUCCGUAUAUUGUUCAGAGCUUCGAACUCAAGCAUACACUACUUCUCAGGAGAUUCAACAUGAUCUGCCUCUAAUACAGUGGCAACAGCUUCAAGGAGAAGUUGCUCCUCAGGUUAGUAUUGGAAGUAAUGAUGCUGCAAUCGAGGAAGCAGUGAAGAGUGUGAAAUCGAUAUUGAGAAACAUAAGUGACGGUGAAAUUACAAUAUCGGCUUAUGACACAGCUUGGGUUGCACUAAUCGACGCCGGAGAUAAAACUCCGGCGUUUCCAUCAGCCGUGAAAUGGAUAGCCGAUAAUCAACUCUCGGAUGGAUCUUGGGGUGAUUCUCAUCUCUUCUCUUAUCACGAUCGUCUCAUCAACACACUUGCAUGCGUUGUUGCUCUUAGAUCAUGGAAUCUCUUUCCGCAUCAAUGCCAGAAAGGAAUCACGUUUUUCCGAGAAAAUAUCGGAAAGCUAGAAGAAGAAGACGAUGAGCAUAUGCCAAUUGGAUUCGAAGUAGCUUUUCCUUCGUUACUCGAGAUAGCUCGAGGAAUAAACAUAGAUGUACCGUACGAUUCUCCGGUCUUGAAAGACAUAUACGCCAAGAAAGAGCUAAAGCUAACAAGGAUACCAAAAGAGAUAAUGCACAAGAUACCAACAACAUUGUUGCAUAGUUUGGAGGGCAUGCAUGAUUUAGAUUGGGGAAAGCUCUUGAAACUUCAAUGUCAAGACGGAUCUUUCCUCUUUUCUCCUUCCUCUACCGCUUUUGCAUUCAUGCAGACCCGAGACAACAAUUGUCUCGGCUAUUUGCGCAAUGCAGUCAAACGUUUCAAUGGAGGAGUUCCCAAUGUUUUUCCUGUGGAUCUGUUCGAGCAUAUAUGGAUCGUGGAUCGGUUACAACGGUUAGGGAUAUCGAGAUACUUUGAAGAAGAGAUUAAAGAGUGUCUUGACUAUGUUCACAGAUAUUGGACAGACAAAGGCAUAUGUUGGGCUAGAUGUUCCCAUGUUCAAGAUAUCGACGACACAGCCAUGGCAUUUAGGCUCUUAAGACUUCAUGGGUACCAAGUUUCCGCAGAUGUUUUCAAGAACUUUGAGAAAGAUGGAGAGUUUUUCUGCUUCGUGGGCCAAUCAAACCAAGCAGUGACCGGUAUGUUCAAUCUAUACCGGGCAUCACAAUUGGCGUUUCCAAAGGAAGAGAUAUUGAAAAACGCCAAAGAGUUCUCUUCGAAGUAUUUGCAACAUAAACAAGAGAGAGACGAGUUGCUUGAUAAAUGGAUUAUUAUGAAAGACUUACCUGGAGAGAUUGGGUUUGCGUUAGAGAUUCCAUGGUACGCAAGCUUGCCUCGAGUGGAGACGAGAUUCUAUAUUGAGCAAUAUGGUGGAGAAAACGACGUUUGGAUUGGCAAGACCCUUUAUAGGAUGCCAUAUGUGAACAAUAAUGAAUAUCUGGAACUAGCGAAACAAGACUACAACAAUUGCCAAGCUCUGCAUCAACUCGAAUGGGACACAUUCCAAAAGUGGUAUGACGAAAAUAUGUUAAAUAAGUGUGGUGUGAACAGAAGCGAGCUUCUCGAGUGUUAUUACUUAGCGGCUGCGACUAUCUUUGAAGCAGAUAGGUCACAUGAAAGAAUGGUGUGGGCUAAAUCAAGUGUAUUGGUUAAAGCCAUUAUUUCUUCUUUUGGGGAAUCCUCUGACUCCAGAAGAACCUUCUUCGAUCAGUUUCAUCGGUCUAUUAACAAUGCUAGACGAAGUGAUCAUCGCUUCAAUAACAGGAGCAUGAGAUUGGACCGACCAGGAUCGGUUCAGGCGAGUCGGCUUGUCGGAAUCUUAAUCGGAACUUUGAAUCAAAUGUCCUUUGACCUUUUCAUAUCUCAUGGUCGUGACGUUAACAAGCUUCUCUAUCAAACGUGGGGAGAUUGGCUGGAGAGUUGGAAAUCAGAUGGAGAUGAAGGAGAGCUCAUGGUGAAGAUGAUUAUCAUAGCGAAGAACAAGAACCUAACUAACUUCUUCUCUCAUCCUAACUCUGUUCGUCUCUCAGAAAUCAUCAACCGGAUCAAUGUUAUUGCCCAAUACUUAAAGACAAGUAGAAACGAUGAGCAGGAGAAGACAAUAGGGAGAAUGGAGAAUGAGAUGGAGCAAAUGGUUGAGUUAGUACUGUGCGAGAUUGACACAUUCCGUGAUGUCAGCAUCACGUUUCUCGAUGUAGCAAAGGCUUUUUACUACUCCGCUUCAUGUGGUGAUCAUCUCCAAACUCACAUCGCCAAAGUCUUGUUUCAAAAAGUCGUGUAACUUCAUCAUGAUCGAUCCAUUCCGGUUUCUUUAAUUGAGUAAUCAAUGGGUACAUGUAUAAUAUUCAUGUAGAGAAGGAGAAAAAAUUUAAAUCAUGUACAAAUGGAACCUGGGAUUAGGUAUCCCUUCUUUUCCAAUAAAUGAAUUCAC